UUUUUCUUUCUUUGAAUGUCUUUAUGUGACUUCAGAACGGUGGGAGUGCUGGUGUCAUGGAAUGAAUUAGGCAAUUCCUCUGCUCCUGUUGUAUGGAGUAGACAGUGAGGAACUGGGAUUAUUUCUUCCCUCCAUGUUUGGUAGAAUUUAUCAGUGAAAUCAUCUGGACUGGACAAGUUAUUGGAAAAUUUGAAUUAGAAAUUCAAUUUCCAUGCAAAAGAUUUAGGUUAUCUCUCUGUGGGUUAUUUACCAAUAUUUGUUCUUGUGUAAAUUCUGGUAGCUUCUGUAUCUUAAAGGAAUUUAUCCAUAUCAUUUAAUUUGUAGAAUUUAUUGUCAUAAAUGUUCAUGAUAUUCACUUACUAUCAUUUUGACAUCUGUAGACUCUGUGGUGAUACCGCCUCUCUCAUCCUCCUCUUUGGUAGUUUAUUUUUUCUCUGCUCAGUCUGGCUAGAGCUUUAGCAAGUUAAUUGAGCUCAAAGAACCAGCUUUGAUUUCACUGCUUUUCUCUGUUGUCUUUCUGUUUUCCAGUUCUCUGAUUUCUCUUCUUAUUUAUGCCCGUAUGGAAGGUAGAUGACUUACUUCCAUUUUCACGCGAAAGUGCUGCAGAUAACAAGGUAAACGGUGACUAAGCAAAGGUUUACUGACAAUUAGAGUGUCCUGCAAGGAACCAUCUUUUGUUCCUGACAAGGAUUAUACUCCCAGCGCUGCCGGCUGGCUGAGGAAACUGUGGCCUUAUGAUUUCGAGAUCUUUCUCUUCUUUAGCAACAAAGGACACAAGAAAAGCUUCAUCUUUCUCUGCUGCACCCCAUUUAAUAAAAGGAUUUGUUGUGUAAAAUUUGGAUUCAGUCAAAAAGUGGCACUUACGGACCUAGAAGCCCACAUGUGGCCCUAAGACCACGGGUUCCCCACCCUCUCUUACCUGACACACGCGGGUUUGCGCACCCAGGAAGGUACCCAGGAAACCUGCACGGUGCAAUUCGUCCAGUGCAACAAACACUCCUGUGUCCUGUCUCUGUGCAAGGCACAGCGUGGGUACUGUGGAGGGAGAAGGAAACAUGAACAGCAUAUCCCCUGACCUCAAGGAGUGCGCAGCAGAGUGGGGAGACCAGUCCGUGCUGAAGGAGGGCAGCACGAGGUGAUGGGGUGAGCCCACAGCAGAGGUCCACACCUCUGGCUGGAAUGGGGACGUAUGGAGGACAGAGAGGAAUCCCAGCAGAGUGCUCAGGCAGCACUGGGCAGGUGACCGCCCACUGCAUGCAGCGAAUCUGAGGGAAGCAGUUGAAAUAGAGCCAGUCACUCUCCAUCAGAUCCCAGGAUCCGGCGGGUAGGAGGGGUUGUGCACCUUGUUCAGCAUUUCAGAGGCCUCAGGGGGUUGGAAAUGGAGGAAGAGAAGCAGCGAUGCCCAUGCAUGGCACAGACACUCGGGAACAACAGCUUCCUGCCAGUUAGGAGUCACUGCUCAGGGCCUUGCUGUCUGUCCUUGGAGCAGGAGAUGCCAAUUUCUUUCUAGGCAGAGAGUGUUCUUGUAGCCUAAGGAUAAAAUCCAAAUUUUGGGGGGGGACAAAUUUCUUAAACACAAGGUUUAGUUUUGUAUUUAUUUUCUCUCCUGUUUUAUUUUAUUUAUUUAUUUUCUACCCUUUUUAUCUUUCUGAUUUGUCAAAGUCCAAAGCAUUGCUGAAUAAUUUUGUUUGAAAUGUCACAUUGCGGUACUGGACACAGUCUAUUUCUAAGGCAAAGGUAAUAAGCUAGUCUUAUCUGGAGAACGUACAAGUGUGUAUCUCAGCAGAUAUUAUGGUCCUUAUGAGUCAAUGAUUUGCCAUGUGUGUGGCUUUUUAAUCAACAUGUGAGUACACGCCCUGUGUUGGGUGCAGCUUUGUGCCUGCACUUCUCCUGCCCGCUGCGUUACACGAGCUGGGGAUCCAGGCGGCUGGGUUGCUCCGGGCUGCGGUUCUGCCAUGGCUCCUGCGGCGCUGCCCGGGCCCCUGGCCCUGUGUGUGUGUCUGCUGCUGACGUCCGGCCUGGCCGAGGCAGGCAAGCUGCUGGUGGUGCCCAUGGACGGCAGCCACUGGUUUUCCAUGCGGUCCGUGGUGGAGAAUCUCAUCCACAAAGGGCACGAGCUGGUUAUGGUCAUUCCAGACGUGAGUUGGCGACUGGGACAAUCACUGAAUUGUACAGUGAAGACUUAUAAAACUUCUCACACCCUGGAGGAUUUGAACCGUGAGUUUGUGAGCUUUGCCGACGCUCAAUGGAAAAAGCGCGGACAAACUCUACAUUCUUUAAUGAAUCCAGCGAGAGGUUUUUUCGAAAUUCUUUUUUCACACUGUAGGGAUUUGUUUAAUGACAAAAAAUUGGUAGAAUACUUAAAAGAGAGUUCUUUUGAUGCUGUGUUUCUAGAUCCUUUUGAUCUGUGUGGCUUAAUCGUUGCCAAGUACUUUUCGCUCCCCUCUGUGGUCUUCAGCCGGGCAGUAUUUUGCGGCACUCUUGAGGAAGGUGCCCAGUGCCCGGCUCUUCCUUCUUAUGUUCCCAGAAUGAUCUUAGGGUUCUCAGAUGCCAUGACUUUCAAGGAGAGAGUACGGAACUAUAUCUUCCACUUGGAGGAACAUUUAGUUUGCCCCCAUUUUUUUAAAACGGGGUUAGAAGUUGCCUCUGAAAUCCUCCAGACACCUGUCACGGCGUAUGACCUCUUCAGCGACACAUCAAUCUGGCUGCUGCGAACCGACUUUGUUUUUGACUAUCCCAGGCCUGUGAUGCCCAACAUGAUCUUUGUCGGUGGCAUCAACUGCAAGCAGGGAAAUCCACUGUCUGAGGUGAGUUGUCUCUUCCUUAGCAAAAUAGGCAUAAUCUGUCUUCGGACAUUAAAAAAAGAAAAAAGGAUUCCUGCCUUAGCUGUGAUUUCUCAUUUGCACUUCUUGGAUUUGGAAUUGUUUUUAUUUUAAUGAAUUAUUUUGUGCUGGUUCACUUAAUUGGGGGUUAGCAAAUAUUAUAAAUCUGUUCUGUUGAUAUGUAUGGGUUGCAAUUGAUAUAGUUGUACAUAAUUUUUAGGCUGUAUUGUUUGUUAAUAGAAAUACAGUCUUUCUGUGUUGCGCAGGCUGGCCUCAAAUUCCUGGGCUCAAAGGAUCCUCUGGAGGGGCAGGGUGUGGUGGCUCACAC